GCUUUCACGUACUUCGAAGGCGCCAACCAUAUUGCGGACAACGAGACUGGCACCUCUCUCGCCCAAGAGGUCGGCCUGCUCAACACAUCCACUACUAUGUUCCAGCUGGCGGGUGUGGGAAUGGCGGCCGCAACGACUUGGUUUGCCGUAGCACAAACUCUGUCGCAGCAUCAGUUCGCCGACCCGGACAGCCGGCUAUUUGUGGAAGACCGGUCCACACUUUGCAUUGGCGGUGCUGUCAUUUCGCUUGUUGUGGCAACUCCCUUCAUGACCAUUUUUGAUGUUGUUGCGGAGGCCGUGCUCUACAGCAAAGUCGUAGACCGGCAGCGCAACCCCAAAGGGAAAGGGCUGCCAGCCUCGUCCAGCAUGGUCUUCAGGAAUUGUUCCCCGUGGCGGCGGACACUGCAGGACAUCACGUCCUGCAACUGUGCCUACCGAAAUGGUGCGGAUGUCACACAAAGCCAAAGCUCUGGGGCCUUUGGACUUCUGGAUUGGGGAUCUCAGACAUUCCAAGUGCAAGGAAGCCCGUCAAUGCCAGCCUUUGCUCCAUCUUCACCCUUCACUGGCCCUGUGUGA